GAGGUAGAGGGGUGGAGGUAGAGGGGUAGAGGUGGGGACAAGGACCAUAAAACACACAAUUUGAUACAUGCAUGAUAAGACAGAUGAUACAUGCAAAAUACAACUAACAUGGAAACUGAUUAUAGUUUACUGCACUUACACUGAGUUAGGGAACUUAACCAGAGAGGUCCCCUACUGUUUCAUUCCUGUGGUCAAUCGGGUCACUUUAAGGCAGACUGUCCAGGGCAGUCAAUUAGUAAAACAUAUUUGUGCUGCUCAGUAGAGUUUGUGAAUUAUCAGGGAAAUGGAGUGGAGAUUCUAGCAUCCUCUAGGGAUCAUGAGCGCACUAUUUGUGUUUUUAUUGGAGAAAAGCCUUGUGUUGCUCUGUUGGAUUCAGGUAGUAGCCGUACCCUUGUCAGGCAGGAUUGUCUCCCCAGAGAUUUCACAUGUAGUGGUAAAGUGAAGGUUUGGUGUGUCCACGGUGAUAAUGUAGAUUACCCCUUAGCUAAUGUGAAUAUUACAGUUGAGGGCCAACAGUAUUUACUGUCAGUGGGAGUAAUGAGCAAACUUCCUUACCAGGUGGUGUUAGGCUGGAAUCUUCCCAUCCUUCGACAGCUGAUAUCAAAGGGGGACGAAAAGGAUAUCUGUGUUCCAUGUGAGGGUAUGAUGGCAGUCACCAGGUCUAGACACAGGGAGCACCAAUCAGAGCCAGGUCUAGGCUGGAAUGAGUUACCAUUUGCAGGGUGUGAUGUUCCUGAGGUUGAGAGAGCCCGACAGUUUUGUGCAAAGAAGAGCAGAGUACAGAGGAGACAGGAUAAAGUGAGGGGGACAAGGAUUACUGAAUCAGUUCCAGAACCAGAUAGUGCUGACCUAAUGGUUGCUCCUAGCGAUAUAGUUCAGCUUCAAAGGCAGGACCCAUCUUUAACACCUCUAUUUGCAAAGUGCAUCCCUAGUUCAACUGAGGUCACUGAGAAAGUCAGGGAGAUAUUUCUCCUAAAAGAUGAGCAACUGUAUCAUCGCAGUAAGUUGGUUGUGCCCGAAAGCUUAAGGGUUGUAGUCUUGCAGCUAGCACACUCUGUACCUUGGUCAGGUCAUUUAGGACAACUCAAGACCUUUUCCAGGAUGUUAACUCAUUUUUACUGGCCAUAGCAAUUUGCUGACACAGUUCAGUUUUGCAAAUCAUGUCCACAAUGCCACUUAAUAGCUCCAGGAAAGAAAAGUGACAGGGCUCCUCUUAUUACCAUGCCAGUUAUAGACACCCCCUUUUCUCACAUCGCCAUGGAUAAUGUAGGCCCACUGGAGAGGAGUAGUGCAGGCCACAGGUAUAUUUUAGUAGUGUGUGACUAUGCUACAAGAUAUCCUGAAGCAUUUCCUCUAAGAAAGGUCAAGGCCCAUCAGAUUGCAAACUGCCUUAUACAAAUGUUCUCGAGGGUGGGGAUUCCCAAAGAAAUCAUCACUAAUCAGGGUUCCAAUUUCACAUCUAACCUCCUGAGGGAAGUCUACAAACUGCUGGGGAUCAGAGGGGUCAAGACCAGUCCCUACCACCCACAGACAGACGGCCUUGUUGAACGCUUCAACAAAACCCUGUGAAAUCCAUGCUGAGGAAGUUUGUGGAAGACUCAGGAGCUGACUGGGAACAAUGGCUUCCAUUUCUCCUUUUUGCAUAUAGAGAGGUGCCACAAGCAUCAACUGGUUUCUCUCCAUUUCAGCUUCUGUAUGGUCAUGCAGUACAGGGUCCACGGGAUGUGCUGAAAGAGGCCUGGGAGGGACCAAAACCAGAAAAAAGGUGGAAUGUUCUCUCGUAUGUAUUAAAGAUGAGAGACAAGCUUGGGCAGUACCAAGAGUUGGCCAAUAGACAUUUGAUCAGUGCUCAGCAGCGUCAAAAGCAGAACUACAACAGAGUGGGUCGCCAGAGGAUUUUCCAGGAAGGACAGAAAGUUCUACUUCUUCUCCCAACAUCAGAGAGCAGUCUCCUAGCUAAGUGGCAGGGGCCCUAUGUGAUCAACAGGAAAGUAGGUCCAGUCACCUAUGAACUCAGCAUGCCAGAUUGUCGCAAGAAGCAUCAGGUUUUCCAUGUGAAUUUGUUGAAGGAAUGGCUGGAUAAACCUGCAUCAGCAACGCAGUUGUGGGCUCGCACUGUGGUUGAGGACGAGGAACCACAGGAGCAGUUCUUUCCUGCUGCAGUUGAAGGACAUGCAGUCCCUGAUCUGAGCAUUUGUCUCCAGACCAGCAGGAGAACCUAGAUGCCAUCAUGCCUGUUGAGCUCUUCAGCACCAAGCCUGGUUGCACAAACCUCAUUCAAAAUUAGAUACGUUUCCGUUGUCCCAACCAGCAACCCAUCAGGGAUACCACCCCCAGAGAAUGCUGUUUCCGCUUUUGAUGCCUACCCUAUGCCAAGAGUAGAGGAUUUGAUUGAGCGCUUAGGAAAUGCUAAAUAUCUGACAACACUUGACCUUUGUAAAGGGUAUUGGCAGGUGCCUCUGACGGAGACUUCAAAGAACUUGACAACAUUUAGGGUCCCAAGUGGACUUUAUCGUUUCAGAACAAUGCCAUUUGGACUGCAUGGAGCUCCAGCUACAUUUCAGCAGCUGGUGGAUGACGUUUUGAGAGGAGCUGAUGGCUACGCUGCAGCCUACACUGAGGAUCACAUUCAACACCUCUGGGACGUCCUUCAAAGGAUCCUUAAAGCUGGACUUGUCAUCAAUGCACGCAAAUGUCACAUCACCAAGACAGAGGUGGAGUGGGGGGGGUUUAAAGACCCCCAUGGUGAGCUGCCCUCUCAGGUUCCUGGUGUUUUAGGGAUGAAUGUGAUCCGCAGAUGCUAUGCAGAGCUUUUUGGCCAACAUGUUUCAGCUUUAUUUGAUUCAUCAGAAGUCUCUGGGGUUUCAGAGUCUGUUUUGCAGGCCUUGCAAAAAUGCCAUCAGGCUAGUAUAAACACCCCUGAAGUGAUUCAUGGUAAAGUAAUGGUUCGGGGCAGGAAGGCUUGUCGCAUCCCCGGUGGCGUGACCAAGAUUGUUACUGCCACCUGCUCAGAGAAAUACUCCCAUAGCACUGUUUUGUUCGAGCCUCUGGAUUCUGGUUUACCAGCUGGGCUUCUUGCUUCUCCUGCUCUGGUUCGGGUGAUUGGGGCCACAGCGUACAUCCCAGUUGUUAAUGUUGGUUUCACGGAUGUGCUGCUUUACCCCCGUACCAUUGUUGGCACUUUAGAGGAGGUUCAUAUUGUCAGUCUGCCUGCAGGAGUCACCGAGGUGCCGUCAGGUGUGGCAACAAUGGCGUCCCACUUGGUGUCUACUACCGUGACAGACCAAGUCGAGGCUAUUGACCUGUCCUCAUUGCCGGUAAAUGAGCAGUGUCAGGUGAGGUCUUUGCUUCGAAAAUAUACAUCUGUUUUUUCCGCUCAUGAUGGAGAUUUGGGUUGUACUAACUUAUUGUCUCAUGACAUCCCUCUCUUAGAUGAGGUUCCAGUCAGGCAACGCUAUAGGCGUAUUCCUCCGUCGGAGUACGAGGUUGUAAAAGAGCAUAUUAAUCAGCUGCUAGAGUCACAGGUAAUUCGCGAAAGCAGCAGCCCAUAUGCCUCCCCUAUUGUGCUUCUCAGGAAAAAAGAUGGCAGUUUACGCAUGUGUAUGGACUAUAGGCAGCUAAAUAGCAAGACCAGGAAGGAUGCCUUCCCCCGUCCUCGCAUAGAGGAGUCCUUGGAUGCACUUACAGGUGCACGUUGGUUCUCCUCUAUGGAUUUGGCUAGUGGGUAUAAUCAGGUUCCCGUUGCUGAGGCAGACCGCCCCAGAACUGCUUUCUGCACUCCCUUUGGGCUGUUUGAGUGGAAUCGCAUGCCCUUUGGACUCUGUAAUGCCCCCAGUACCUUCCAGCGAUUAAUACAGUGGAUAUUUGGUGAUCAGCAAUGCCAAUCUCUGCUUCUCUAUCUUGAUGAUAUUGUGGUCUUUUCCUCUACAGUGGAGCAACAUCUAGAGAGGCUGGAGGUGGUGCUGCAGCGACUUCAGCAGGAGGGCCUUAAGGCCAAGCUGACCAAAUGUGCAUUUUUCCAGCAGGAGGUACGGUACUUGGGUCAUGUGGUUUCCGAUAAAGGUGUCUCAACAGACCCCACCAAGGUAGAGGCGGUAGCCAGCUGGCCGCCCCCUUCCACCGUUACUGAGUUGCGGUCCUUUCUUGGGUUUGCCAGCUGCUACCGUCAUUUUGUGGAGGGCUUUGCCAAGUUGGCAGCCCCACUUCAUAAGCUGGUAGCUGUGUUGGAGGGCUCUAAAUUGUAG